AUGACGCUCACCAAUAACGAAGCAGGUGCAAUGAGAGAGUGGAUCCUCGAUACAUCUGGGAGAUGGACUCCCAAUCCAGCAGUCAACCGUGUCACCACGGAUAUGAAGCUGCUCUUGAAGAGUAUGGAGAGAUUCGAUGAAAGCUGGGAGUUCCUUGGACUUGAAACUAUUCGUCAACUCUACUAUUUCAUCGGUGAAUCUAAUGAUAGUGUCGAGAGUCCACCACAAUUCAACGAAGGCGCAUUCCAUGUCCCUGACCAAGACCAAGAGAAGGUCAUUACCGUGUUAGGCAAGCUCGGUGUCCACCAAGUCAGUCGGGACUUCUCAAGAACUCUCAAGGAAUACCGAAAACUUCUAGCAUCCACUACCAGGAAACAAAUACUACGAAGAUUCCGAAAGUCUCCAGCAAAACAUGCUCUCCUAGAAGUGUCCAGUGUUCAAUUCACUGCCAACAGACUGAACACACAACUAUGCUACCUGACUCUCAAUUAUUUCUCUCGACCGCUUGAGAGAUAUAGUAAGAUUCGGUGGCUCGAUAUCGUUCGACAAAUUCCUGUGGAUCGCGUGUCCAGUCUCCCAGUCGAGCUCCGCUUGCAGAUCUUGGAAACAAUGUCUCUUGCUGCAAUGGACAACGCUUUCCGCUCCAGCUUUCAAGAUUUGAUCCAUCUUUACUUGCCGACUAUUCAACUCAAGGCAAAACAAUGGUGUACGGAUCUCUUCUCUCGAAAUAACUUUGUCUACGCAGGCUCCAGUGUCAUCGACCUAGAAGGCCAAAAACCCUGCGACGUCUAUCGCCUCCGAUACCCGAAUCUACAUCCAGAAUUACAGCCUCGAAAGUACCACCCUAAUCAUCAGCCUGAUGCCACAGAUUCGGUCUGGGAUACUGUACAAUACCCUCCAAGUUUAUCGCAUGCAGGCAUGAUGCUUAUGGACGCAUUGGAGCAGAUUCUCUGGCACAGAAGCCAGCCCACUGAUAAAAUAAGGAACCGUGACAAGAUAUGGCGAACAAAUGCUCAUCCGCGGGCUUUAGCAUUCUAUCUGGAGCCUUUCAUAUUCGAUGAGCGUUACAACCCCAUAUCCUCGAUCGUGGACCAGGACGUGGAACACCGCGACUCACAUCUUCUCAUCUACCAAGACGAACUCAAUCUCAUCCUCAACGACCUCGAGCCAUUUCUUCGGCCAGCUUUCUUGAAACACCGGAUGACUGCCAAGGAUCACGGAAAAGAUGAAAGCUUUGCAUAUAUAUUCCCAUCUCCGGAAUAUGAGAAGCUUGUCCCUACCAGACCAACUCACCAGACACAUAAGUACGGAUAUUGUCACAUGAUAAUUGGAAACAGAAUUUGCAGGGGGUUAUGGGGUGUUACGUCUACGAAGGAAAUCGAGCAGACUGACUACACUGAAGAUGAAUGGCGUCGCUGGUGGGACUCUGAUAGAGCAAGACAAGAGGCCGAAACAGAGCAGAAGAACGAACGGCAAGACUGCAAAGGAAGUGAGAGUGAGAACUUGAGGCAAGAACUUGAGAAGCCGGAGCAGGGACUCGGAGAAAGAUGGAACGAGGAUCCACAAAUAAAUCUUUCUCCUGACCAGCUAGACCUCCAAGGAAGCUAA